CUUCUACUUUUUUCUUAACCCCUUUUACCCAUUUCUUAAAAUCUUGAAAUUCUUUUCUUAAUAUAUGCAUCUAAAUCCUAAUCUUUUCACCACCAUUUUUGUUGCUUACAACCCUCCAAGAUUUAGUUACAGAUCGCACCAACAUCAUAUUCAUACUCUUGAUCAUCACAAUUCGAAAAAGAGGACCCAGAAAUCAGCCAUGGAAGAGAUUGUUUCUUUGAUCUUUCAUGGGCGUAAGUUGGUUAAAGAUCUUGAAGAAGCGCUGCCCAACAUACCGAACCAACCCUACCUUCUUAUCAGUUUAUGUGAUGAGAUUAGUAGGGUUUUUGGUGAUGCAAGGGAGCGGUUGAGUUUGGUUGUGCAGGAGUAUGGCCACCAUGAGCCACCACCAACAAUGGAGGUUGGUGGUGGUAGUGGAUCUAUGCCGGAAUGGCUGAGGAGUUCGCAUGCAACAGAUAUGGUGCUACCGGAGCAACUAGUUCAACUGCACCAUGGGUUGGAGGCCAUUGCUAACCAAGAAUUAGGGGGCGGAAAUGUGGAGGCUCAGGGGACGGAUGUAGGUCAUUCUUCAUUGCCCCGAACACGUAGAAGAAAACAUGAAGCAGAUAGACGUACAUUCAGAAUACCAGCUCCCAGGAUGGGGAACACAGAAGUUCCACCAGAGGACGGCUACACUUGGAGAAAAUAUGGUCAAAAGGAAAUUCUCGGGUCAAGGUUUCCAAGGGGAUAUUACAGAUGUACCCAUCAAAAGUUAUACAACUGUCCAGCCAAAAAACAAGUUCAAAAACUAGAUAACGACCCCAAUACAUUUGAAGUGACGUACCGAGGUGACCAUACAUGUAUCAUGUCCUCCACUGCGCCGUCGAUGCCGCCACUACCAUCAGCAGCAGCGGAGGCUGUACCCAUCCAAUCUCUACCAUCUCAUCAUGAUCAUUUGCCACCUUCUUCUUCACAGACCCCUCAAUGGUUAUCCAUGGAUAUCAAACAGUCGGUGGGAGAUCUUUACAGUAUUACUCAUCGUCAUCAUGGCAUGCAAACGUAUAGGAAUCAAUCAGCUGAUAUUGGUGGCGAAGCUGCAGGUCCAUCAUCUCCGACGACUAGAUAUGUUGAGUAUGGUACUGGAAUGACAGAUUUGGAUUUGGUUGAUACGAUGUUUAACUCCGGGAGUAGCAGCAAUAAUAGUAUGGAACUCAUUUUUCCUCAAAAGGAAGAAACAAAGGACGGUGGAGACAAGACAAAUUAGACAGAUUUAUCUUCCAAAAACUGCACAAGAAAAUCAUCCAAUUUUUGUAACGUUCCUUCGGUUACAUCUAACAAAUAAAGUGGCUCAUCUUUGGUGGGGUUUUUACUUUUUAGUGGCUUCAAUAUAAGUUUUCUCUUUCAUCCGUUUGUCAUAUUUAGUUUUAUAAAUUUCGAUUCCAUUUUUUAUCCUUUUUAUUGCAAUUUUUUGUACAAUUCGGUGGUUUAACGAGAAAGAUUCAUGGCUAUA